UGUGUGACAAUACUUAUAACCUGACUAGUUAUAUAAGAAUGACAUUGGCACUAACUUUGAAAUAAUAUACAACCCAGGUAGAAAUAAUACAGAAGCGGACAGCUUAAGCAGAAAUCCUGUGUUUGAAAGCCACGAAAACGAAGAAGAUAACUUGAAAACAGUAAAUAUUGUAAGGAUUGAGGAAAUAUUGGAGGACCAGAACAAAAAUCUAAACAUACAGAACAAACAUAGUUUUACUAGAGAAAAUGGUAUACCAAUUACUAACAUUUAAGCUUCUAUUUGAUUCUAGUUUCGGAAAAUUUCUGGUAAUUUUCAUCGGUCGGAUCCAGCAUGACAAAAAUUUGAAGAGGCUCAAAAGGCGCUAAAUUGUAAUCCUUUGCAGUUAGUUCAAAUGGUGGUCACUAGGUGGAACUCAGAGUAAGAGAUGUUAGAAAGGAUGCAAAGAUUUCAAAAACCAUUGUCUCACGUUCUUGCUGAUUCUACCGACACUGAGUCUAUAUCUGGUACUGAAUGGUCUAAAGUCGAUUGCUUACUGAAAGUUAUGAAGCCGUUAUAUGAUGCUACGCAAAUAUCAUGUGGAGUUAAAUAUCUUACUUUGUCAAUGGUAAAACCCUUACUGUUUGGGAUAAUAAACGGUCUGAAUAGUAUCGAAUUUGACUACGACGAUUCAUCGGAAAGGGGACAAGAAUUUACAGAUAAUAUUUUGAAUGGUCUAGAAGUCAGAUUUUGUGAAGUUGAUCGUGAUAUUAUUUUUAAGAAGAGUACUUAUCUGGAUCCCCGAUACGAAAAUUAUUUUUAUAAAGAAGAAGAAGUUAAACAAAUAGAAGAAGAUAUUAAGCUCGAAAUCGUGCGAUUCCUGAUGCCGGGUGAUGAUUCUCAAGAACUUAAUGUUUUGACCAGAGAACCAAGUGGAAAUCAGUAUACUGGAUUUUGGAGUUUCAUGAAAAAACCAACAGUUAACGCCCGAGAAAAAAACCUAGAGACUCUGCGUAAUGAAAUAUCGCAGGAAAUAGUGGUGUAUUUGAACUGUGGUUUAAUAAGUCCUCAACAAGAUCCACUUGUGGCAUCUACCUACCCACCUACACACACAAACACACAAUAGCACACUUACUAUAUACAUUGUCAUUUAUAUAAUAUAUACAUAUAAUAAAUACAUUUAACAAUAACACGUACACA